UUCUUAUCAUCAUUGGCAUAACAAAAACUUAUCCCGCAGAUUUGGAUUUAGCAUAUUCCUAAUUUCAUUUAGCAAGAAAAUAAAACAGAAGGAAGAAGAAGAAAACAGUUAAUUGACACGUUUCAUAUAUUUUCUUCUCUCAUCGUAUUGAAUCACAUCACUCAUUAAUAUUGCUCUAUCUUCUAUCUGUGUUACUCUCACCAAGGUUUGUACCAAACAUUAUUCUUCCCUCAACAAUCGAAGCCUUUUUGUGAUUUUCAACUCUUUUCAUGCACAGUAUCAUUUUUUGUGUACUGAUUGAUAUGCACCAGACUCAUGGUUAUCCCUGCUCUGGCUUCUCUGUCACAUGAUCCCACACAUGUUUUCCCUAAUAUAAAAUUUACAUUUUAUCUUUUCUUUUUCAUACAAAGUAAAAUGCUACACUAGAUAGAGAUUAGAGAAGGAUUUACUCGCCUCUGCUGCAAAGCAACGAACACAAGCGUACAACAUAGUUUAUGUGUUAUUCUGAAAGCAAUUCCUUUCUUUCUUUGUCUUCUUUAUCUCAUGUCCUUGUGCAAGACACGAAAUUGCUUUGCAGGUUUUAUUCACUAGCUUUCCAAACGAAGAAAGUAGGUUGAUUCCUGGGCCGACUCAUUUUUUCUUUCCAAGAAGCUAAUUCCAUGAUACUGAAAGACCUAAUGGAAGAAAAGCAGUUGAAUUUUAACCAGCCACUUUUAUCAGUGAGGCGUUUCUCAUCAACAGUGGCCAAUGAAGCAGACCGCAGAAGCAAAACUGAUGACUCAUUAACUCAUUACCAAUCAGAGUUAAAGUCGGUUCCAGUGAGGAAUGCUGGAACUGUUCCUUUUGUAUGGGAGAAAGUCCCAGGAAAACCCAAAGAUGAAACCAAGUUACAGACACAAUCAGUUACUGAGUCGAGAACCGGAAGCUCCUUUUCUUCCAACUCUCAGAGGGUUGCAUCUCUGGAUAAAAGAGUACCAAAAUAUUCAAAAGAUGGAAAUAUGGAGAAGGAAAGUUCUUAUUCAGAUGAUGGAGAUGAAUCCUAUAAAGAUGCUUUUGACACUCUUUCCAGGAGUGAGUCAUUCUUCACGAGCUGUAGUUUCUCUGGUUUGAGUGGUUGGGAGGAACAAGAGGCUCAAUCGUAUGGGAGUUUCUCAAGUGAUCAUCUACAAGCUCGUGAUUUCAUGAUUGGUUAUGUGUCCAAGAAGGAACUCGUUGGACAAGAACAGCAAAAACAGAAAAAGAGAGAAGUGAACGUAGAAAGUGAUGAAUGCAAUGAAUACGAAAAAUCCAACACUACUAGUUGUGGGCUGUUUCCUCGGUUCUGCAUUUUGAAUCCAAUGCCUGGAUUAAGAAUGGAUAAGGAUCAAAGAAAUGCAGCUCAUCGAAUGCAUGAUAAAUCAGGUGCUUCUCACAUUGGAUCUACAAAAGGGCAAGUUAGAACUACCUGUGGCUUUACAGAAGAAAAAGAGAUUUUGGAUGUUCUUGUAAAAUCUAGACAUGGCACUCAUCCACAUCAAAGAGUUUGCAGAAAAAUAGUAUCCUAUGAGAGCACUCAACAUGAUUAUGAAAAUCAUGUUCGUGAGAAAACAAUGUAUGUAGAUUCUGUAAAUAAGGUUACCUCUCAGACCAAUAGCAGAGGGGGUGAUAAAGAGUGUUCUUUGGAUAUCAAUCGACGUUUUACAAAAUCUGGCCACCAAGAAACAUCUGGUGCAAGCUGCUUUGGACUUCCUUUGGUCCUACCUUCACUAAAAGCUCCAUCAGAGUCUUGGCUUAAGCGCACUUUACCUACCAUUUCCAAAAAGAACGUGACUUCACGGUCUAGCUUUAUUGCAAAACUUCAUGCACAGUGUCACUCCCCAGACAACAUCAUUGUACCUUAAGUGGGAAACGAUUGUUGAAUCUGACAAUGUACAUACAUCGUCAUCUGCAGCUUCCUGAGGUAAUCUGAUAACUCUUUGUUUGUGCAUGUUUUGUGUAACUGUUAUGUAGGAAAUCAAAGUAUAAAAUCCCUCGAUUUUUCAGGAAAUACGAACACCUAUAUCAGAAGCUUUUACUUUAUGGACACAGGGCCUCUGAGAAUUUGACAUGUAUACAAGAAUUUUGGUGAUGUAAUUUUUGCAUCAGUUUUCUAAGUUCCCUUUUGCUUCUAUACCCAUGAUGAGCUGUAUAUAAUUGACUCUGUAAAUCACUAUUGGCCUUUGUAUCUUUUAAAUAAUGUAAGAAUAUAUAGGUCGGUUCAAAUUCAAUGGAAAUUGUACAUGUCCU